AUGUCCUGGCAACAGCUUCAAGGGGAGUCAAACGCAACCCCAUCCGGAGCGCCCAGAAAGUUGGUCCUUAAUAGGAAGGAAAUCGGCGACGGCCGUGGAUUCUCUAGGAAACCCAGGGCGUUUGUACAGAUUAGCAUGGUGAGGAAUGGAGGGUGUCGAAUGACGGAUGAUAUUAUUGAAAUAUAUGUUACAAAGUAG